AUGGCCGUCUCGAAGCUUGCCAGAUUCGCUCCAUAUGGGCUGGCCCUCAUGGCGAUAUGGCUCAUCGUACUCACUGCGCGGCACGGGUCCGUCACAUCUUUUGAAAACUGGGAGGCGGCGGGCGGCGACAUACAGCGCGUCGCGACGGGCAAGUUCAUCACAGGGCCGGCGGGCCACUACAAACCCAAGGUCUGGAAUCCAGCCGAGUUCAAGGAUGCGUGGCUCGACACUCAACUCGGCGGCGAGUUCGACGGGAGCCGCAUCGCGCAUUUUUGCAACAAAACCAAGUGGCGCGAUGACAUUGUCUUGCACAUGCGGCAUUCACGCGGCGGUCUCGGCAACGUUCGAGGCACGAUCCUCGACUUCCUCUAUGCGGCCAUGCUUUUCGGCACGCCCAUCAUCAUGCCGGCGUACGUCAAGCGGACGGACGCGAACCUCGACUGGAUGAACGAGGACAACGGCUACCACGAAUACGGUAACCUGUUCGACAAGGAUUGGCUGCUGGAGAACCUGGAGAAGUACUGCCCGCAGCUCACGAUCUAUCCCACGGCCGACGACGCGCCAAUCACGGCUACUCUCAAGAACGAAUACGGCCUCAUGAACGCCCGCUCCGACAAGGACGCGGACAGGAACGAGCUCGCCUUCAUCAAAAACCUGAACGGCUGGCUCGAGACACAAGACGAUUAUGUCAAGGGGCUGCCGACUCUUAUCCCGACCAUCGCCUGCUUCCUCAACUUCGACAUGGAGUCGAAGCCCGAGCUCCGCAAAGCACUCGGCGGCCUCGUGCGCAUCUCUCCGGCCCUCAGGGAGCUGGCCGCCGAGGCGGUGUGGGCCAUGUAUGAACGGUACGGGCUGGAGGCCGCGCUGGAUCCCCGCGAGGAGCUGCACCGCAGCGCGUACUGCGGGGUGCACCUGCGCACGGAAGACGACGCGGUGCGCAGCGGGUGGACCGGCGGCAUGUACGGCGGCUUCGACGAACAGACGGACUCGCACAUUGAGAUCUGCGGGGCGCUCGGCCUCCGCGUCAUCUACGUGGCGACGGGCGAGCGGCGGGACAUUUCGCGGUUCGCCGAGAAGGCCAUGGAUAGGGCGGGCAUCACCGUCGUCAGCAAGAUCAACCUCCUCAACAGCCCAGAGAUGGAGACUGUCAUGCAGAACCUGACGUGGGACCAGCAGGGCGUGCUGGACUACGAGGUGCUCUCGCGCUCGAGCUUCUUCACGGGGCCCGUCAUGAGCAGUUUCAGCUGGAACCUGGCCAUCAGGAGACACUUCAACACCGAGGGCGACGGGUCGACGCAUUGGAAUAACCCUUACUCGAUCCAGGAGGACGAGCCGCGGACGACCUUUUACGACGGCAUUAGCAAGUUGAUUUUGAGGCCGGCCAGGCCUGAUUUCCUCGAGUCGUUCUCUCCAAGGGGCAUGUUUCCUUAA